GCCCGGUCCCGGGAGGGGUGGCGCCGGCGGGGCGACAGAGUUCUCGCCGCCUCGGGGUGUGGUUCCCUGGGACGGCCGGGCGGGGCAGCGGCUUUAAGGCGCGGGCCAGGGGAGCCCGGCUCACUCGCGCUCCCGCGCCGCCACCACCGCACCCCACCAUGGAGGGGCCGCCGCUGCCGGCCCUGCUCCUCGGCGCCGCCGGGCUGCUGCUCCUGCUGCUGCCCCUCUCCUCUUCCUCCUCUUCCGACGUCUGCGGCCCCUGCGAGCCGGCCUCCUGCCCGCCCCUGCCCCCGCGGGGCUGCCCCCUGGGCGAGACCCGCGACACCUGCGGCUGCUGCCCCGUGUGUGCCCGCGGCGAGGGCGAGCCGUGCGGGGGCGGCGGCGCCGGCAGGGGGCACUGCGCGCCGGGCAUGGAGUGCGUGAAGAGCCGCAAGAGGCGGAAGGGUAAAGCCGGGGCAGCAGCCGGCGGCCAGGUGGUGAGUGGCGUGUGCGUGUGCAAGAGCCGCUACCCGGUGUGCGGCAGCGACGGGACCACCUACCCCAGCGGGUGCCAGCUACGCGCCGCCAGCCUGAGAGCCGAGAGCCGCGGGGAGAAGGCCGUCACGCAGGUCAGCAAAGGCACCUGCGAGCAAGGUCCUUCCAUCGUGACACCCCCCAAGGCCAUUUGGAAUGUGUCUGGUGCCCAGGUGUACCUGAGCUGUGAGGUCAUUGGAAUCCCGACCCCCGUCCUCAUCUGGAAUAAGAUAAAAAGGGGUCACAAUGAAGUUCAAAGGACAGAACUCUUGCCGGGUGACAGGGACAACCUGGCCAUUCAAACUCGGGGUGGUCCAGAAAAGCAUGAAGUGACUGGCUGGGUGCUGGUAUCUCCUCUCAGUAAGGAAGAUGCUGGAGAAUAUGAGUGCCACGCAUCCAAUUCCCUAGGACAGGCUUCAGCAUCAGCAAACAUUACAGUAGUAGAUUCACUGCAUGAAAUACCAGUGAGAAAAGGCUGAGAUCAAUCUUUAAGUCUGAAGAAUAUAUUAAUCUGCAUAGCUGAAAGCAGUCAUGGAUAACGACAACUCCUGGAAUUACCUAAUGAUUUGUUUCUUUUCAUCCAACCCUCUAACACUUAGUUAUAGUCACUGUCUUUACAUACAGAAAUACAAAAUAAAGGUAACACAUCAAUCCUAUCUACAAAAAUUUAUUGUCUAUUUACAGAAGAAAAGCAUGCGUAUCAUUAAACCAAACAAAUAAACUUUUUUUUCUCACAA